AUGAAGAUAGAAUACUUGCUUGUUACCCUUCCUUGGAUGUCCGCCUAUGCGGGCCACGGUAUUGGAAAGGCAGCCCCUGCGCACUGGAAGCCUGCGGGCAGCAAUGACUUUCGCGGUCCCUGCCCAAUGAUGAACACACUCGCAAACCACGGGUUUCUCCCGCAUGAUGGGAGAAACAUCACAAGAGAGACUCUUGUCGAGGGUCUCCAUGAUGCUCUGAAUUUCAAGGCUUCACUUUCCAGUUUGAUGUUCGACAUGGGUGUGGUUGCCAACCCAGAGGAAAAUGCGACACACUUCACUUUGGACCAUCUGAACCGCCACAAUGUCUUGGAGCAUGAUGGAAGCUUGAGUCGAGCAGAUGACUUCUUCGGAAGCAACCACAUCUUCAACGAGACCAUCUUCAACGAGAGCAGGGAAUAUUGGACUGCUGAAAUCCUCACUCCCGCCAUGCUGGCCAAUAGCAAGAUCGCCCGCCAAAUUAACUCAAAGGCAUUCAACCCGCAGUACAAAUUUACCUCCAAGACUGAACAGUUUAGCCUUGGUGAGGUUGCUGCACCGGUCAUUGCCUUUGGGAACUCCACAUCAGGCCAGGUUAAUCGGACGCUGGUAGAAUACUUCUUCAGUCAGUACAAACGAAAAUUCCAGGCCGACCUCGAUACUGAUAUCUUGGACUCUUAG